AAAAACGUUUCACACCAAAAAAAAAGGAUAAAGAACGUUACUCUAAGCAAGAAUUAGUUGGUAGGGGUGCUUAUGGUUCUGUAUAUAAAGGGAUUGAUAAUGAGACAAAUGAAGUUGUAGCAAUAAAAGUUUUAAAUUUAGAUGCGGAAGAAGAUGAUGUAGACGAUAUAAUAAAAGAAAUCAAUUUAUUAUCACAACUAAAACAUGAAUCGCAAAAUAUAACUAGAUAUUAUGGAAGUUUUCUUCAUGGAACAAAAUUAUGGAUUAUUAUGGAGUAUGCAGCUGGUGGAAGUAUUAGAACUUUGAUGAAGUCUGGAAGAAUAGAAGAAAAAUACAUAUCAAGUAUCACUAAAGAGGUAUUACAAGCAUUAAUUUAUUUGCAUAAAUGUAAAAUAAUUCAUAGAGACAUUAAAGGUGCGUGUGAUUUAUUUUCAGUUAACAAAUAA